UCUCACCAUGGCUGCUGCUGCUACUGUCUGUCGAACAACUCUUUAAAACCUGGUCGUUCAAGUUCUGUCACUACAGUUGUAAUACGUCCAGCAGCUUAAGGUAUAAGAAGUUACUGCUGAUAAAGAGUCACGUGAUCAUGACAAGCUGCUAUGAAACUAGAUGAAACAGACCAAAUAAUAGACGUACAUGAGCACGUGGUAACGCUGAGCAUUAUGCACCUGAACCAUAGUGAAUAGGCUGAUCCACUUUAUACACCCGGCAACUGGGGUUCCGCAGAGCUGCUAAUAUCAUUCGCAAUCAUCAUUCGUCCUCCUUCUUCGGUUUGGAUGCAACUCGGGUUCCACAGUCUGCUUUGUUGCAGAUGGGCUCUGGAAGAAGGAGACAAAUAUCUAUCAGAAACUGAACAUUUUGUUUGUUUGAGAGUGAAAUUUUAUGGCCUUGUGGUUAGAUGCUGGACUCGCAACCUGAAGGUCGCGGGUUAAAAUCUCCGUCACUGAACAUGCUCGCCCUUUCAUCCGUGAGGGCGUUAUACUGUGACGGUCAAUCCCACUAUUUGUCUUCUCAUUGGGAAUAAUAGUUUCAGAGUGAUUCAAGGUAUGUGAAGCUAAGCAGGUACCUUUUCCACUGAUGGUCAGGUGAUAUUCUUGAAGUAAUGACCUUUCCUGUAUUUCACUGGGAAAAGAAUAAUUACAAUAUUCUACCGGAAGAGUGCCCAGUUUAUUACCAGGAUAUUCUACCGGAAGAGUGCCCGGUUUAUUAUCAGCGGUUGUCAACACCUCUUCCAAUGUCUCUUCAUGUAUGCGAUUUUAGUUACGUAAUGUUGUCCUUCUGUCAUCUUAGAGGUGCUUUCUAUCAAGAUGACAUCUGUUCUACAUUCUUGGACCAAUCUAGAAUACCAUCUUUUUGUAAGUGAUCAGUGUAUGGUGUUUAUUUCUAUGCUUUUCAAAAUGAAACUCGAAAAACUCGAUUCUCUUAAAUUGAACUGAGAAUGAUAACCUCGCAUAUUUUAAACAACGUUACGAUUGUUUCUGUGCUUGAGACAGCGAUGGAGUGGAAUGAUACAAAUACAACAGUAAACGAGUCGUCUUCAUUGAUGGGACAAACAACAGAAUAUCAAACAAAUCAUGUAGAGUGGGAGAAACCUUGGGGAGGAGCUCCUUAUCCAAGUGGUUACUCCCAAACACAAAUUAUUCUUAUUGCAUUUUUUGUCUCUUUUCUCAUGGUGCUAAUUGUUGUCGGAAACAUGCUUGUUUGUAUAGCAAUCGCAACAGAAAAGUCAUUGAAAACUGUUCAGAAUUGGUUCAUCGCUUCUCUCGCUGUUUCAGAUUUUCUAGUUGGGCUUGUUAUCAUGCCAUUUUCAUUGGCCAAUGAAUUAAUGGGUUAUUGGAUAUUUGGAACUAUUUGGUGUGAAAUUCAUGCCGCUCUUGAUGUUCUUCUUUGUACAGCAUCAAUAAAUAACCUGUGUCUUAUAAGUCUUGACAGAUAUUGGUCUGUCACCCAUGCGGUGGAAUACCUGAAAAAAAGGACUCCGACACGAGCAAUUGCUAUGAUCUGCUUUGUAUGGUUUUUAUCUGGUCUUAUUUCCCUUCCACCGUUAGUGGGAUGGAAGAAACCAGACAGACCGACAGAUUAUCCCGAGUGUAAAGUUAGCGAAGAAAUUGGUUAUGUCUUGUACUCUGCUUUAGGAUCAUUCUACAUCCCAGCAGCAGUAAUGGUGUUCGUGUAUAUACGGAUAUUUUUCGCUGCGCGCUCUCGAGCAAGAAGACAUGUAAAAAAGAGAGCUCAACCAGAAGUCACAAAUGACCCAGGGAGGGAUAAAUCUACGACUACGACAACAACCACGUGUACGAGUUUCAGUAACCCUAGUCCUCCAGAUAAGAGGAAAGAUCUGUAUGGAAAUAUGUUUUUUGAGAAACUAAAGACUAACGGAAAUGGUGAAGCCCAUAACAAGCACUUUAAACUUACUCCAACCAGACCUCAGAUUAUAUUAGAAAAUUCGGCAGAAGAACGGGAGGAUUCCGAUAAAGAACAUGAAAUGAAACAAGAAGAAGGGAGAAAGCCAACUGUGCAUUUUCCAUUGCAGUCGAUUAGCGGCAGCAGUGGUUCUAGGGAUGAUGAACAAAAGUCUAUUUAUAGCAUACACAGCAUCUCCAAGUCUAAUGCUCACCCUGGCCCCUAUUCUCUACUUUUGAAAACACCAAGAGUUCUCAAAACUACUUUUGGAUCAACGCUUUCUUUGGAAAAUUAUAGUAAAGAAGGUAACGCCAAUGAACUUUAUGAAACAAGACACAUUUACGGAAGAGGAAAAAGCAAUCUCGGGAAGUGCACCUUUAACGAACCCACAAGAAGCUAUGCUUCUUCUGCUGUUGAGAGACAAAAACGAAAGAUUGCGAAAGCAAGAGAAAGAAGAGCAACUGUUAUAUUAGGACUAAUUAUGGCUGCUUUUAUAUUAGCUUGGCUACCCUUCUUUGUAUUAUAUGUACUAUCUGCAAUUUGCAAACAUUGUAAAAUUAGCGAUACAGGGUUUGAUAUUGCUUUUUGGCUAGGGUAUUUUAAUUCAGCCAUUAAUCCUAUUAUUUAUACUAUAUUUAAUCGUGAUUUUCGAAAAGCAUUUCGAAAAAUCUUAUUAAAAUAAUAAAUAACUUGCAUGAUCGUUUUUUUAAUGUUGACCCCCGCUUUGUCUUCCACAAAAUUAAGUGCCUCCUGUGUCAUAAAGUUAAAGAAAGUUCGUUCUGACUAGGGAUUCGAAACUAUUUAAUAAAAGUUUGAGUUUUUCAAAGGUUUAAACCCAAUCAGCCUUGUUUUAAGGUUGUUGUAACUAAUUUGUCAGACUUUUGUUAUCCUUGUGUUACCAUGUAAAUAUUCUCUGUGUCUAAUUUCAAUUAAAUCCGAGUCAGUUUUCACGAACCACCUGUGGCAGGCUUUAACCAGUCUUAUUUGAAGAUUUAAGAAACCCCUAUUUUAGAUUUUAAUAUCUCGUGUAUUAUGUUCAAGACAACCCAUGUAAUAGGUUUUUAAUCACUCUUGUGUUAAGAUUCAAGCAAUCUUUGUAAAUUAUUAGCCUGUUUUCUGCUAAAGUUAAUGUAACCUCUAUCAGACUUCCAUUAUGUUAGGCUUAAGACUGAAUUUGCCAAUAUAUCAGACUUUAGCUAGCCUUAUUUUAGUUUCAUGCAACACCUGUAUCAGAAUUCAGUUAUCUUUGGUUUUAGUUUCAAGUAAUUCCUUUUUGAGACUUCCACCAUUUUUGGUUCAAGAAACCCCUGUACUAGUCUCAGGGAUCUUUGAUUUAGAAUACAUCUUACGACUGCCUAACUUUGUUGAAAAGUGGGGGAGGGGCAAGAAAGCUAUCAAUCUAGUUGUUAAUAACUGGAAAAAAGUAGGAGGAGACACGGGCCCCUUAUGUCCUAAGUGUCUAUGGUCCAUAUAUCCCUUUAUUAGGCUUCACCUAUCUGUUGUCUUAGGUUCAAGAUUUCAAGCUUUAACCAGCCUUGUGUCAACAUUUAAAUGUUCAAUAUGUGAGGCUUAAACCAAUGUACUGUUAAAGCUUAUGCUGUCUAACAUGUUUUGUAAAAAUAACAUUUAUAACGUUUUAAUGUAUCUGUUUAUCAUACAAACAUCAAUUAUUUUACAAUAAUAACUUUACAUUUGUUGAGUUAUCCUUUAUGCACGAGUGUAUUAAUGAUGUUAAAGUUAAUAAACAUUUCAAGCUGCUAAAAUGAACGCAAUAUUUUAAUGCUUUAAUGAAAUAAGGCAUUUUAGCUGUUUCUGUACAGCAGUUUAAAAGACAUAUCUCUUUUGAUAACAGAAAUUCCAUAUAUGUGAUUAAUAUUUUUGCCUACUAGCAAAACCAGCCUCUUUUGACGCACGACAAAUGUUGUAUUGAACAUAACUACAUAGAGUAUUGCGUUUGAUUGAUUUUUUAUGGCAAUGUGAAAAACAACCUUGCAAUUUUUCAUUGAGCUCUAGUUUAUCAAAUUAUGAUCGUAUUGGAGAAUUGUGAAAAAUAGACACUUUGUGGUUAAUGAAAC